CUACUCCCUAUGCCGCAAGCAACUAUUGGUAUGGAAGUUGUUGUUCAAGAAAUCGGGGGUCAGCUUCGCAACUGGAAUGUUCUGACUCGCCAAAACGGUGCUAUCACUUCGUCACAGGGAGGAUUUGACUUCAAUGUUGAGGGGAGAACAAUUAGAGCACCAGAUAUUGCAUUUACGCCUAGAAAUAUAUAUCGCAAUUUGACUGCACAACAACUUUGGACAUUCCAAGGACAACCUUUCACCCCCGUAUUUGUUGUUGAGGUUGGGGACACCACAAAAAAUUCAGAUUUCGAAAGAUUAAACGAAAAAUUUAAAAAUAUUUACUUCGCGCCAGAAACGUCUGUACAACUGGGCUGGCUGGUGGAUCCACGGAAUCAACAAUUGUGGUCAUAUAAACGGACUGUAACUGGUGUUUUACGCCCUUAUAACCACGGGUGGAGAAACAUGGACACCAUCGUAAACAAUCGUGAGAUUCUUCCAGGUUUUACGUUAGAUGUCAAAUCGAUUAUAGAAAGUAUUUCGCAG